CCAAUUUUUGCCCUAGCGCCCUUGGUGUGACUCGCUUUCUCUGGGCUUCCUGUGUUAGUAAUAGCGCAAAAAUCCAAUAUGGCGGACCAGCUCACAUAAUCCCGAUGAACACAAAAACAUGAUAAUCAUUAUCAAAUACAUGAAAUUUUAAACUUAUCUGGUCUGAGGAACUAACGAGAAUGUUCAAAGGGGCAGGACAGCCAGAGCUUAUUCGCUCAAAUCAAAAAGACAUUUAUUAUUUGACUUCGCUAAGGGAAAAUUUUGGACAACUAUUUCGGGAUUUCUUCGGUGUUCACUCCUGGAUGAAAUAUAAGGACGAAAUUGAGGUGUUUGCAGAAGUUUGCUAUUUUGGGUUGACAACACUGAGUGGCUUUCAAACACUGGGUGAAGAAUAUUGCAAUAUUGUUCAAGUUGAUGACACAAGGAGAGCAAUCCCAUCUACUUUAAACAGAUGUAUCCUUGUUUGUCUACACACAUUAGCACCCUACUUUCUGAGAAAACUUCUAGGAAAGCUGGAGGUACUUGUCCAGACUCCAGAAAGGUGGCCCAGUGGUUGGAGUGAGAAGUCAAGAAUAUGGCUACAGGAAUCAUUACCAAUCAUACAGCAAUCUAUAUUAUUUCUACACAGAGCUCAUUUAACUAUAUUUUAUUUAACUGGUAUAUUUUAUCAUCUUUCAAAAAGGAUUACAUCUAUCAAUUAUAUUCUCGUAAGAAGUGGUCUUAAGAAUGACAGCUCCAGACCAACAUACAGACUUCUUGGUUACAUAUCAGCAAUUCAGCUUUCAUUGUCUGUAUUAUUUACAGCUUAUAAGAGUUCCAGGAGUGUAGUUUCUUCAGAUMUUGCCGCACAGUCUUCGUCAUCUUCAUGUGAAAAUACUUCAAACAAGAUUGAGCCACCAGGAACAAGCAGGCGACUCAAAUGCCCACUGUGUCUGGAACUCCUUCAUGAUGUAACGGCUACUCCAUGUGGACAUCUGUUUGAUUGGCAAUGCAUCACAGAAUGGUGCAGUGAAAAGCCUGAUUGUCCUCUUUGUCGUGAACCAGUCCCCUUGUCUCGUCUUGUUUAUCUGCAUUGUUUUGAACCUACUUGAUACUCUUGGUUGUUGACUACAACUCAAUUUAAACAAUAAGAUGUGACAAUUCCAGCAUACUCUACUCAAUCCUUCAUGGCCACUGACUAGCAUAUGAUCCUAGCAUAGCCAUAAGUUGCUACUUCUGUUGUGGUUGUUGUUGUGCUUUUUUCUACUUCUGUUGUUGUUGUCCGCUGUUAUUAUUCUUGAUAUCGACAGUGCUGUUACAUCUUCUGUUGCUACUGCAGUUGUUGUUGUUAUUGUUCGUAUUCUUGUUAUUGACAGUGCUGCUACAUCUCCUGCUGCUCCUGCUGUUGUCGUUGUUGGUAUUGUUAUUAACAAUGCAACAUCUUCUGUUUUUGCUGCUCGUGUUGUCGUUGCUUUUGUUACUGUUUCAUGUUGAUGCUGCUGCGGUAGCAGUCGAGGUCGCAACUACUCCUUAUUUUCUGUCCUUGCUGUUGUGUAUCCUCGUUCCAAUUCAUAAAGUUAUUAAUUGAAUAACACAAUGUAGCUCUCAGGAUUAUUUUGCUAAGAGGAAACGUUUCGUAUUAUAUCUUUAUUUUAAAACAAAGUUGAAUUUUUAAAAGUCUUCAAUUUUU